AGUUGCUUUUAUGUUAAUGAGCAAAGACAUCAGUUAGCGCGUGCGCAGAGCGGCCAUCGGCUACCCCUGAGUGCGGCGCUGGGCUCCGACGGAACUCCCACAAAAAGUCUGCCAUCUUAUAAAUAUCGCAUAAACAGGCUAACGCACUUUUACAAUGGAUAUUUCAACAUAAACAAUAGCAAGACAUGUAGACAGACAAUACAACAAGGUGCGCAGGUAUAUAUUCUUUAUCCUCUGCGGUUGCCGAGUCAGUAGCAGCGGGCGUGAAAGUCUUCUCCGCUCGCAUCGCACGACGGCAUCGUACGGCCCCCUCGGGCGGCCGCGACGCAUCGAUCGUGACAUUGCGUUCGCUUCUGUCGUCACUCUUGAGAUUGGAGAUUUCGAGUCGUCCCGUGAUCGGCGGCCAGCCGCAAAGGAGGCGCGCUUGCCACCGAGACGCGGGGGACUGCGAGUCGGCGGGCUCGGAUGACGUCACGCGCGACGACCCCGCCGUACGCCCGUCCGUGUUCGCGCAGGCCGCUUUGCCAGAGGGUGCCGGACGGUCUCGGCCGCGUGCCCCCGGCCUCCCUGGCGGCGAGGGCCUCUGUCGGGGGAAGAUACGGCAUACGGGUGCGCGCCGUGAGAAUGCCUUUGCGUUUGUCGCGUAGUCAAUCAGACGGCGGUGAAACGCAGAAAGACCCUGUAAAGUCUUAAUAUAGAAAUAUGGGAUACACGUUUGCGAUAAUUGCUGAAAACGUGCACAGACUAGACAACUACUGUACGUAGAUUUAGGGUUAGUUUGGAACCAUUGCACUUUUUCAACUUUUAGUGAACGUGGCUUAAAUUAUGCCGCGCGAGUCACCCCUUCCCUUCAAUUUAAGAACUGGAGUGCCUUCGUUUGUCGCAAUUGCGACCGAAAAUGCCUCUUCCCUUCGCCAGCCGUGAGUGCGCGCACGUCAUGCAGAGAGAGAUGGAAGAGCGAUGUUUUUUCUCGACUCCAACUGGACAGCCAGCGAGCCGGCGCGGCGGCUUUAGAACGCCUCGUUGUCACGGCGUGGGAAAGUCCUGCGCUAUAUUCCGGCCACGGCAGGCUUUAAAAAGAUGGAUUUUCUGUACUUGGAAUUUUGUAAUCAUUCCAAAAUGACACUCUCGCGAUUCCUGCCGAACAACGAUGCGGGCGGGGGCGGCCGCACUGCAGAUUUGGAACGGCGGAGCGGGACGGCGAGCGAGAGCUCAGACUUUGCGACAUUGAGAUGAUUCGGAACGCGGGACAGGCUGGCAUUUCGAAGGCCGGCCGGCACCGUGGCACGCCAAAAGGUCUAGCCUCCCGCCCGUGCUCUCUUGCGGGGGGGAGCGUGCGGGGCGACUGCCCGUACGGGUGCCGCCGCCACCCGCCGCCCGGGCUGCAGAUCUCCAGAGAGCUGAACAGAAGAGCCGCCGCAUCUCACGCCGUCGUCGUCUUCGGCCUCCUCCUUUUCCUCAAAGAAAUACACAGCAUUGACUCCCCUGCAGGGGGCGCGGGUGGUCUGAACCGCAGGGACUCGCAGGGACAUGCUCCGCUGCCCGUUUAAUGAGCCGCGGCACACGCGGCUCAUUACGCGAAUAUCCCGAAAUGAGGACGAUCUCAGCGUACUCGCGAAUACGACUCAGUAGGCAAUCUGCCCAUGUUUCAUUUAGUUGAACAGAAAACUACACCUUCUGCCAUCUAGUGGAAGAGAAUUGAACCGUUCUGCCUGUCACUCCAACACAUCCAUCGAUAGAUGCGUUAGAUGUAGGAAAUGGAUAAUAAUUUCAAGUCAUGAUCUUUGACACGCGGCGGUUGCGAAUCGCCGCUCGCGAGGACACACGUUCCACGAAAUGAUUUGUCACCGAAAUGACGUCGCCGUGAAAUCAUGUCCGCCGUUCGGUUGGUUGUCUCACAGUUUGCGUUUCUUUGCAAAUACAAAAAGAAACACCUCCCUCUCGAAAGGCUCCACGGAAUGGAAUUCGUGAAUUCCUGCUCACAUUGCCAACUCACACAUGUAUCCAGUAGUUACUGUUUUGUCAAAUCCGAUUUUGAAUUGCUGUGGGAAAAAAGAUCUUUUGAAAUGUAUCGUUUUACCCCAAAUAAAUCCAAGAAUGAAGAAAACUGCCAAUCCCAUUGUAUUUCCUUUGUAAUUAUAGUUAUUUACGUACUUGCAAAAAUAGGGGUAGAAAGUCACGCUCGAUUAAGUCAUCACCUCGUCAGCACAAAUCGAAUCUGAUCCUGAAAGCGUUGUCGUUGGUUGUUGCGUGUGGCAUGAUUUCAAAUCAAAACAAUGAGGCCAAUUUCAACUCGACAUUUUACAAUGCGUGAGGCUCGUGUAUACGUGCACCUUUCGACACGUCCGUGUUUUGCAUCUGGGCCAUCUAAUCGUGAGAAUCGGUCUGCUUCACACCGUCGAAUUUCGCGGUCGCACGCGAGAGGGCCGGCCCGAGCAGUUCGCGCGUCUAUAAAAUAAGAAGCGUGUGGGGGCCAGCGCCUCAGUCGCCGCCCGUGUCUUCUGGCCGGACCUCGUACCCCCCCACUUUGCGUCUCGUAGCCAAGGAGAGCGCAGCUAUGUCUCAACAAGUGAACCGACCCAAGCCCUUCACCAUGACCACCAUGACCAGCCUGAACAACCGGUGGAGCUCGGACAUCUGCGACUGCUUCCACGACCUGCCUCAGUGCUGUUUCGCCUUCUGGUGCCUUCCGUGCUUCACGUGUAAAACAUCGCACGACGCCGGCGAGUGCCUUUGUUUGCCGUUGCUGGACGCCUUUGGGGUCAUCCCGCCCGUGACUACCGCUCUCAGGGUGUCCGUACGCCAGCGCUAUGGCAUACAGGAUACAGUUUGCCACGACUGUGUGUACGCUUGCUGCUGCGGACCUUGCACCUGGUGCCAAAUAGCCCGAGAAAUCCAAGCCAGAAAAAAUCCCAUUACGUUCGUCAACAUGGCGUCCUGAAAAAAUGCCCGACGUCCUUCACCCUUGCGUCAUCUCUGAAGCGCAGAAUACAUUCUGGGACUUUGUGUCUUGUUUAGACUGCAAUCUGAUCUGGCCCGAGUUCGUCGCCACUUUUGGAAUGUCACAGAGCGGCUGAUUAAACAUCAGGACAUUCGUCACAUCACGUAAGAAAGUCGCAGAGCUGUCCGAUGUAACGCUGAUGGGUGACGGUACAAAAAACAAGUUUUCCAAAAAGAUUCCUUCCAAACCCCUCCUCCUGUAUAUUGCUACGGUGACGAUUGAAAAAAAGCAUGUUUUUGAAAGGUUCCAAUGAAUGGCAUUAUUUCUUUUCUUUUUUUCUUUGUUCUGAUUGGAGUCUUGUUGAAGUAACCCCUGGAAGCAUGAACCCCAAGUAAAACAUUCGCGUCGAC